CUUAUCACCACUCAAUGACAUGUCGAGAACAGGUGCUUGUGUGUUUGUAAGAGAAUAUGUAAAUAAUGCAACCCGGAUUUAUAAUUGUAUUUGGUUUCUAUUUCUCUUUGAAAUACUCAUUUAAUGAUGCUCAAGUUACACAAACAAAUCCAAUACAGGCAUCGGACAAUCAUCUAAAGCCAACUGUUUCCAUACCGGAUGUUCUUUUACUGAAAUCUGGAGAUGACGUCAGUAUUCCUUGUAACACAACCAGUACAGAUCAGAUUACUAUAACCUGGAACUACGAAGCCGGAUCAUUUCCUAGCAAUGUACAGCAGGUUGGCACAAACCUUGUGAUUACAAGAGCGGAUUUAUCAGAUUCUGGAAUAUAUCUAUGUCAUGUGAAUACAAGUCGUCAUGUCUCCUACAAACUGUUACUGAUUACUGUUGAUGGGCCGAAUAUUUCUACCAACACUCAUUUUAUUCCACCACAAGCCUCCAUUUUGGAUCACAGUACAGUGAUAUUUGGAAACAACGUCACAAUUGAUUGUCACGUGACUGGAAUUCCUCCUCCUGACAUCAUAUGGCUUCUUAAUGACAGGCUGAUACAAAAUAACAAUAUUGUUCAAAAAGGAAAUCGGUUGCAUUUAUAUGAAACAUCUUUAAAAGAAGAAGGUGUGUUCACAUGUAUAGCAAAAAAUAGGGCGGGAGAAGACAGUGCCCACACAAAUGUGUAUGUUGUAGGGGUGAUGCCCGUUAUCGACUUCCUGUCGGACUCCGUCUAUGCAUUAACGGGCUCCUCAGUCAGUUUUCGCUGCCAUGCUUCCGGAAUCCCUGAACCAAACAUAUUUUGGUAUUUCGUAUCGGUGAGUGGUGAGGUAGGUUUUCCUGAAUCUAACUACCACAUCAGUCCUGACCACACCCUGCUGACUAUACACAGCGCCCGCCAGUCAGGAACAGUGUGGUGUAUCGCCAGGAACAGCUAUGGGGUGACCAAUGCCAAAGUCUACCUCUGGAUCCGCCUACCUGAUUUGAUUGGAUGAAGGAAAAAGAUUAUGGUCGCAUGCAAUUAAUAAAAUUAAUAUGAUUUA